UUUAUUGAGGGAAUGUUUGAUAAGUAUGGUACUGGACUUAUGCUGAGUGGUAGUGAAAUUGAUCAAAUUGGCAAAGUUUUGAUCGAUAGCAGACAACCACUUUGUGCUCGUUUCCGCGCACUUUUCGUUUUACGCAACAUUGGGUGUGAUCGUUCAGUUCAGUGGAUUGCGCAGUGUUUUUGCGAUAAGUCAGCUCUGCUCAAGCAUGAAUUAGCAUACUGCCUUGGUCAGAUGCAAAAUAAGUGUGCUUUACCCGUUCUUGAGUCAGUGCUUGAGGAUAAAAAUCAAGAGAAUAUAGUGCGUCAUGAAGCGGGCGAAGCACUUGGUGCAAUUGGUUCUCUUUCUUCCAUUUCUAUUCUCGAGAAAUAUGUUGACGAUAAAACUCAGGUUAUCGCUGAAACCUGUAAGUUAGCCUUGCAAAGGAUAUUAUGGCUCCAAGAAAGUAAUCGUCAUUGCAAAAAUGUUCUGAAAAGUCCGUACAAUUCCAUAGGUACCAGUUUAUACUUACUACUUGCAGAUCCAACUCCGUGUUCUGUUGAAACCAGUGUUGAAAAGCUUACAUCAGCUUUAGUAGAUGCUUCUAAACCUCUGUGGGAGCGGUAUCAAGCGCUGUUUAGUCUUCGUAAUAUUGGUUCAGUCGAGGCAAUAAAAGCUUUAUCUAAAGGGUUAACCUGCAGUGAUAGUGCACUGUUGCGGCAUGAGGUUGCCUACGCAUUAGGUCAAGUUCAGUCACCUGUAGCAUUUGAAGAACUUAAAUUCUCAUUAGAAAAUCUGAAAGAAAAUCAUAUGGUCAGACAUGAAUGUGCUGAAGCUUUGGGAGCAAUAGCUACCGAAGAAUGCAAAGAAGUGUUGAAAAAGUUCCGAAAUGACUCUGAAUGUAUUGUACGAGAAAGUUGCGAAGUGGCGUUGGAUAUGGCAGAUUAUGAGAGCAGCAGUCAAUUUCACGCAAAUACCAUUGUGUUGGUUGAUUAUUCAUCUUUCAAUUCUAGUAGUUUAAAACCAGUUCUUCUAUCACCCUUGCUCACUAACUCUUAUCGGAAAACAAAAACAGAUGAUCCACUAGUAUUAACUGAUGAGGACAUAGGUUGCCUUUAUCAAGUAAGAAAUGAGGACGUCCAAAAGUUAUAUGAUCGAUUCAUGUUGCCUGUGAAAUUUCGAAAGCAAAUAGAAACACUAGGCGAAUGUGUAUGGUUGUAUAGGAAACCAACUUAUGAAGCGACUACGUGUCUGAAGCUGGUAAGUAUGAACAUUCCAAACAUACGUCUUCUGCUAUGGGGGCGAUGGGGUACCGGUAAAUCAAUGACGUUUCACCAAAUUAUAUAUCACGUGUGGAAACAAGGAUGGGUAAUAUUUGCAAUUCCAGAUGCAAUCACCCUGAUGCGGAAUUAUGGUGAAGUAAUGAUGUCAAAUUAUCGAGAGGGACGAAUAGAUUUUCCGAAGCUUGGAAACCAAAUUUUACAUCGAUUCAAAAUGAUGAAUACUCUGAACUGGGAAAAACUCAAGGAAUGUAAAACCCAAAAACAUUACAAGUGGUCGAAAGUAGAAGAAACGAAAACUGGAGAGCCCAUAACAAAUAUUGUCGAUAUUAAAAUGACUACCACGUAUAACAACAUUUCCCAGGGUCUUUCCGCACCAUCCCUGUCAUCUGAUUGUGUCGGUGGCUUAUUGAGGGAACUGACUCAUCAUUGCAGUAAUGGAAAAUUUCCAUUACUCGUAGCAGUCGACAGCGCGAAUUCUCUCUUUGGCAAAACAACACUAAAAGACAAAAAUCAUGCAUUAGUGGACCCAAAUCAGUUCACUUUGGUGCAUGCUAUUCGGAAAUUAUUCAAGAAUGACUGGACCAAUGGUGCUUGUUUAUUAGUUGGCGACAAAAAAGAAAUUAGUGACGCACGUGACCAUCUUACUGUACCACUAGAUACACCUUUGGAGCUCUUUGGAGAUCAUAUAGAGGAAAUCGAACCUUUCAUACCCAUAGAAACUUCUUUAUAUACAACAGAGGAAAUGGAUGCCCUCUACGACUAUUAUGUUGAGAAGAACUGGAUUGUUUCGAAGAUGGGUCGUACAGAGCGAGCGAGGACUGAAUUAAAGUUUUUAAGUGGAGGAAACCCAUUUAAUUAUGAACGAAUAUGUGCUUUUAUUUAA